UUUGCUUUUGCUGUAUUUACUUCACUUCAUUGGUAGACAUCUGUUUCUUUCGAUGGAUUAUAGUUUUGCUUGGCCUUAACAUUUGAAAUUGCAGCAUAAUCAAGCAUAUACGGUACAAAAAUGUUUUCAAUUGUAGAUUUUUACGGCAAGCAGUCUAAUUAUAGCUGUGGUUAUUGUAAGCAUUCAUCAUCUUGCCAGUCGCACGGAAUGUGGGCUCAUACAAUGACGGCUGACGAUUACCAAAAUCUAAUCGAUCGUGGCUGGAGACGUUCUGGUUGCUACUGUUACAAGCCCGAGAUGAGCACCACUUGCUGUCCGUCUUACACAAUCAAGUGCGAUGCUAUGAACUUCAAGCUGAAUAAAUCACACAAAAAGAUCAUAAAGAGAAUGAACAAAUUUCUAAAAGACGGUAUCAAGAGUAAAGACCAUUGUGAAGACAGUGAGCAAGAUGGUCACGGCUGUGAAAUAAGCGGUGAUAUGGAAAUGGGUGAUGUGUCGAGAAAUCCACGCAAUAGUUUGAACAUAAGCGACAUAGACCUAGUGCCCAGUGAGAAGGUAGACCUCGAAGCGCCGCAGGUUGCUAGAGCAGAGCAAUUGCGGGUAUCAAAAAAUUCUCAACAAAGUGGCGCUUCGAACUUGCCUAGCAAUUCACCAACCGACGGAACUAAUCUACAACCGAAGAAAGCAAAACUUCUAAGAGUUGAAAGAAAGCGGGAAAAACUCAUGCGAAAAGGGCUUAAUGUAGAAGAAAUUGAACAAAAAAUGCAAGGAGCAAAAGGAAAAAAUGUAGAGAAGAGCUUGGAAGUUUUUCUGGACGAAGCGCCGAAGGAAGAUGAGGAUGCUGCCCAUAGGCUAAAGCUUGUAACUGUCAGCACCGCUAGUGAUGAGUUCAAGCAAAGUCUUCAGGUUUCGUUUGUUCUAUACAAGAAGUACCAAACCGAGGUGCACAACGAUCCGCCCCUUACGAUCGAAGAUUAUACUGACUUCCUGGUUAAGUCACCGCUCAAGUUCACGACUGGGCAAAAUACACCCAGCUGCGGACUAGGCUCCUUUCAUCAACAGUACUGGUUAGAUAAUCGUUUAAUUGCGGUUGGAGUUAUUGACAUAUUAUCCCAUUGCGUCAGCUCGGUUUACUUUUUCUACGAUCCGGCAUACCGCUUCUUAUCCCUUGGAACUUAUGGAUCACUUAGGGAAAUUGCAUUUACUCGCAAAUUACAGCAGCAGCUAGCUGGCAUCUCCAACUACUAUAUGGGAUUUUAUAUCCAUUCUUGUCCAAAGAUGCGCUACAAAAGCAAUCUAAGUCCCUCCUAUCUCCUAUGUCCGGAGGUUUACACCUGGCAUCCUCUGAAUGAAUCGAUUAUCAAAAAGCUAAAUCAGAACAAGUAUGCGCGAUUGAAUGGAGAUUCUAAAGCAACUGAUCAGAGUGCUGUAAAAACGAGUGAUCUCCUGCAUCUGUUGGUUUUGUACGGCAAUACUUACAUGCGAUACUCCUCUUAUAUGGAAAUGAAGGAUUUCACGGAUCCGGAAGAAAUCGUUGUUAUUUACUCGAAGCUGGUUGGAAAGGCCUGUAUUUCACGGAUGCUAUUGUACCGAGGAUAAAUGGAAAACUGCUGUGUAAAUUGAUUCUAUUCUAGUGCUUUCCUCUAUCCAAUGUUCGAACGUGUAUCAAUAAUUACUUUAUCAGCUAGUAGUUAGUAGUUACACAAGUUCCUUGCAUUUUUGUUGUAAAAUAAAAUGAAUAUUUCAAUUCUAAUACGAAAA